AUCUUAAAACUGUCCAAGUCAGCUGCUUGUCUGACACUGCAGGAAUUUAAAGAGCUGAGCAGUAGAUAAGCAGGCAGUGGAGCAGCAGCCCUGUUCUCCCUGCCCUGCGAGGAGAGCUCCAUGAGUUCAUCUGACGCAGCAAGAAAUCAGGCAGCAGUGAUGAGCUACCUGGAUGAAAUUCCCUUCCGGAUGGCCCUGAGCCUCGACGGGGACUCGGAGGGAGAAAUCCCCUUAAUCACCGCCCCGGACAUCGAGGUCCCCGACUGCACUGACAUCCUCAUGAGCACCCUGCACGACUUCUCCCUGGAAAGGAAAGUGCUCUACUGGGUCGAGGUGGCCUCUCAGCAGCAAACCUGCCGGCACCGGGUCACCUCCGAGGUGGUCCCCACGGCCCCGCCAUGCUGGCUGCUGCUGGUGGACCCCGCCGACAGCUACGGGGGCCGGGCGCGGGACGGGGCGGUGCGGCGCUCCAUCAGCAUGAGCGCCGCCGACACCUCCUACGGCCACGACGCCGAGAGCAACACCUGGCACUCGGAGGAGGGCGACUGCUCGGACGACGAGUACUCCUCGACCUCCCUGGAGGAGAGCGACAGGGAUGAAAAGCUCCUCUCCAGGAGGAGAAGCUCUGGCAGAAGUGUGGCCUCACGUCUCAGCUUUUACCAGACCCGGCCGAAGACGUCGCCUGGCUUGCUGGAGCCCUCGCCGGAGAACAACGCCCACAGCGUGGCCAGCCCGGACCCCAGCAAGCAGAGAAGGUCCAUGGUGAUAUUUAACAACAUGAAGAAUGAGCUGGAGGCAGCCAGGAGGAAGCUGGCUGCUCUGGUGCAUCCUCUGAACAGAGCUGCCACGGGGGGCAAGGGGAACCCGGUACCACGGCUGCUCCCACAGUGUCCCGGCACCAACCGCGGUGUCAAGUACGGGCCAGCCCAGGACGUGUCCCAGCUGGGGACCUUGGUGCCAACUCCUCCUUCCACAAUCCCACCCAUCAAGCGGCACAAACCCACAGUGCCGUCCCUCAGCCCCUACACCUGCCUCCCUCCUGCCUGCACGCCCGGGAGACCCCUCAGCUCCGUCAGAUCCCAGCCGGAUUCCUCGGCUGACCUGCUCUUGGCGCUGAGCCAAGAGGAGCGAGACCUCAUCGAGCCCGUCGUGGCCCUGGGCUACGCCCCGCACAAAGCCAUCCUCACCCUCCAGAAGACGGGAAGGCAAAGCUUAAGUCAGUUCGUGAGCUACCUGGGUGCCUGUGACCGGCUGCUGAAGCAGGGCUACGAGGAAGGGCAGGUGGAGGAGGCCAUGGAAAUGUUCCAGUACUCGGAGAAAAAGGCAGCUGAAUUCUUGCAUCUGUUGGCUCAGUUUAACGAUAUGGGUUUCCAGCAAAAUGAGAUCAAAGAAGUUCUUUUGCUUUGUGGGAAUCAGAGGGAGAGGGCGUUGGAAGAGCUCGUGAUGAAAACCCACUGAGCAGCACCCUGGACCCAUCACAGCUUCCCCCUCUCCAGACUGGACCAGAAGCACUCGGGUGGUUCUGCUGCUCCAUCCCCACCCCUGGAAGCAACCAGACCUUCACAGCUCUGCCUUGGUGUCUCAACUCAUUUUAUGGACACCCAUCAUAAGCGUGUUUAUCAUUCAGGCACCGACUUCAUAGGAGGAAUAUUUAUCUCCUCACCCACACGUCCCCACCCUGAUCAUCUCAGCUGUUCAGAUUAGAUGAAAUAAGAUCCAAACCGCCUUCGGCUUAGAUUUUUGCAAAACCCAGACCACAGUGUUCUCCCUCCACCUGGGGUGAUGGGUGUCGUGUUUUCAGCUACAAUCAAAUGUGGAUUCUUAAGAGAUUAUAUAAAUCAUCAGAAGAAAUUGUUUUCCUAAAAUCUGAAGGUUUCUGCAGGAACAUGUGUUGGUCCUGGCUUGCUAAGAGUCUCAGCUGACUUAGUCAUGGUUGCAUAUUGUAAUUGAAAUCCAGUUUGAGCACAUUAGCUUCUCCUUUUAAACCAGAAAUGUGAGAAAAACACACAAUUCCAUGAGGGUAAGGAAAGAAAACAGGCUGUCCUUGCUCUGAAAUACAUGAGGUUGAAUGAAAAAUGGUGGUGUUAAGGGUUUGUCUUCAGGGAACUUCCUGAAAUCAGAACAGAGAGAUGGGGAACUGCUCACUGCCCUCAUGCUCUGCCCAAAUCAGGAAAACUCGGGGGAUGCUUCCCUAAACUGUGAAGACAGUGGCUCCAAAUGAAAUUAAGCAUGAAAGUCAACAUCAGGAACAUCUGGAUGCUCGGGGAAUUUCUGUAUGUGACUGAAGGACAGAGAAGGGGAUGUGUGUCCUGCCUUGGCAGUGGAACAGUGGACAGUGUUUUCACAUAAAGUAUGUUAUUUUCCUGUGAAUUAGAUACAGAUGUAACUUCUUUGAGUAAAGAUGCU